GAGGGGACGGGGAGGGAGGGAGGGACGGGAAGGGCAAGACGUAAGACUGUGCAUUCCGUUUUUUUUUUUUCUUUCUUACGACAUUUCGUUCGUUCAAUACUCGAGACAUUUCCACCAUUUCGACAAUACUUGCUGGAAGAAACUAUUUUGGUUGGACACAGCAACUACACACGCACACACACGAACGCACACACACACGAACACACACGACGUUUUCCUUUGGUAAACUUGCAACACACACACACACAGUUUUUUUCAAACUAGUGUGCUGUGCUCAACGCCAAACCUGCCAUUGCAACAAACAAACUGAGCAACGGUUAUCCCCGCUUUCAAAAACAACAAACUACAGCUUGACUCUCAAAAAAAUCCCUUUUGUAAAAAAACCAUACCACUUUGUGACGAUGCUCCUUCGACACGCAUCCCCUCCUCCUUCGUCAACACAUGCAAUGAUACCCCAUAACCUCUUUUUCGAACCAUCACCUUCCACACCAACAACAUCAACAACAACAACAACACCAUCAUGCUCGCCGUCCACUCAACCACCACCACCACCACAAACACAACAAACGACGCAAAAACGAAAACGCCAAACAGAACUAAAAUUCCGCACCACAAAACGCACAAAACCAACACCCCUCAUCCGCACCCUCGUCAAAAACCGGUUCGGAACUCGCCAUAAAAAGGAAUCUGUCGAGUCGAGUGUUGCGCCCGCCGAGGGUGGAGUUUCCCCUCAAACCAUCGACACUCCCUCCGACACUCUUCUCACUCCUCCAACUCCUCUUGUUCUCUCUGACACUCGUUCUUCCGACACUCCAUCCCUCACACGCUCAACAACAACCCUAACCUCCCCAUCUAAACCUCAACAAGAACAACAACAACAACAACAACAACAACAACAAGAACCAUCAUCCCCCCAAACCCACCUAAAAUCCCAACGAAAAGCCCUCCUAAAAUCCCUAACACAAACCGUCCAAACCCUUUCGAAAUCCCUUGGAAAGCCGAAACAACAUUUCAAGAAAUCGCAACGACGGGAUGUCCUUGUGAGGCGCAAGAGGAUGUUGGAGUGGGUUCGUAGGGUGGAUACUUGAUUUUGUAUAUAUAUCGUUUUGGGAUAUACCAUUUGACGAGUUUUUGGAGAGUGUGUGUGUGGGUGUGUACAGCGGUGGUGGUUGGGUGUAUUUUUUUUGUACAAAGCAGGAUGUGUGUAUAAUGGUCUUGAGAGCUUGCGUCUUUGAGAAAUAUACAAUGUCUUUUCUCUCGCAA